GCUGCAGGUGACGUCAGGGCCCUGUGGCCUAUCCGCUUCCGCCGGCGUAGCGCAUGCGUGGAAGACAAGCUACUGCAGAAGCUUAAAGUAGUCAACUCCAUCUCACAAGCUGGGGAAAAUCUUCUCUGAGCACUUCAUUUGAAUCUUGAAGAUUAACAUUUGUCAUGUUGAGAUUUGGGCAGCAUCUCAUCAAGCCCUGUGUGGUCUUCCUGAAGACAGAGCUCUCCUUUGCUCUUGUGAACCUGAAGCCAGUGGUCCCAGGGCAUGUCCUUGUUUGCCCUCUGCGGCCAGUGGAGCGUUUCCGUGAUUUGCAUCCUGAGGAAGUGGCUGAUUUAUUUCAAACGGCGCAAAGGGUUGGCGAUGUGGUGGAGAAGCACUUCUGUGGCACCUCACUCACCUUUUCCAUUCAGGAUGGCCCUGAAGCUGGACAAACGGUGAAGCAUGUUCAUGUCCAUGUCCUUCCAAGGAGGGCCGGAGACUUCAGCAGGAAUGAUAAUGUCUACGAGGAGCUGCAACGACACGACAAAGGAGAAGCGGAUUCCCCUGACAAGUGGAGGACAGAAGAAGAAAUGGCAGCCGAAGCUGCAAUUCUGAAGAAAUAUUUUCAGUAAAAUUAGAGGUAACAAAGUAUUUGAAAAGCAUCCUACGACACAAGAGGCUCCCUGAGAAAGACCUCAUUCUCCAGUUCUCAGUGGCGCUGGAACUGCAGCUGAACACAUUUUUAUUGUGGUCUACAAAUACAGGAUUCUUCCUUGAAAAAUUUUAUUGGACCUUUGGAUAUCAUCAAGGUUGAGUUUCAGCUAAGACAGCUAACAGCACUGGUUCAGAAUACUGCACUCAGCAGUAACUCCUAUUUUUCUGAAUUGUGAACUUGGGAAUGAAUCUUUUAAAAUUGUCCCUUGGCCUAAAUUGAAAUAAAAUGCUAG